ACUGAUGAAAUUAAAGGUUCAUUUGAUUCAGGCGAUCCAAAUACUACAAACCUAUACUUAGGAAACCUUAACCCUAAAAUUACUGAAGCUCAGUUAAAGGAAGUUUUUGGAAAAUAUGGUCCUUUGGCAAGUAUUAAAAUAAUGUGGCCUAGGUCUGAUGAAGAAAAGGCAAGAGGGCGUAACUGUGGUUUUGUAGCUUAUAUGAGUCGUAAAGAUGGAGAAAGAGCAUUAAAGAAUUUAAAUGGCAAAGAUGUUAUGUCGUAUGAGAUGAAAAUGGGUUGGGGUAAAAGUGUACCCAUACCACCUCACCCAAUUUAUAUUCCUCCAGCUUUAUUAGCUAUAACAUUGCCUCCUCCUCUUUCUGGAUUACCUUUCAAUGCUCAGCCUAUUUUGCCACUAAAAGAAAAAAAGAAUCAUGGACAUGCACGACAAGAUGCAGGAUAUGUUGAUACAGGCCAACCAGUUGAAAAGAUUUUACCGCAGACUAUCAUUAAAGUGGUUAUACCCACAGAAAGAAAUUUGCUGAUGCUCAUACAUCACAUGAUUGAAUUUGUAAUACGGGAAGGACCAUUAUUUGAAGCUAUGAUAAUGAACAAAGAGUUGAAUAAUCCAAUGUUUCAAUUUUUGUUUGACAAUUGUUCACCAACUCAUAUAUACUACAGAUGGAAGCUAUUUUCUAUAUUACAAGGUGAUUCUACUAAAGAUUGGCGUAUUGAUGAGUUCCGCAUGUUUUUGAAUGGAUCAAUUUGGAGACCACCACCAAUGAAUCCAUAUACUGUCGGCAUGCCAGAAGAUCUCGUUCCCGAUGAAGAUUUGAUAACGAGGACUAAGGGAACGUUAAGCGUAUCUCAAAGAGAGCGAUUUGAAGAUCUCAUUAGAAAUAUAAAUCCUGAGCGUUUAAAAGUAGCUGAAGUCAUGGUAUUUUGUGUAGAACAUAAUGAUGCUGUAGAAGAAAUAUGUGAUUGCAUUCAAGAAUCAUUAUGUAAUGCUACAACUGCAUUACAUAAAAAAAUUGCACGGCUUUAUUUGAUAUCAGAUAUUCUACAUAAUUGUAGUUUAAAGAUUAUAAAUGCAACACAAUUUAGAAGAGGAUUUGAAACAAGAUUGAUUCCUAUAAUGGAAGAAGCCCUUAAGACUUAUAAGAGUUUAGAUUCUCAUAGUCAAGCAAAUGGUUUUAAACAACGUAUAAUGCAGAUUUUCCGUGCUUGGGAAGACUGGGAUAUUUAUCCAAAAGAAUUCUUGUUUAAAUGCCAAAAUACUUUUCUUGGACUUUCAAUAAAUGAUAUACCUCAAGAACUAAUUGAUUCUCGUGAAGAAUUGCAAUAUAAUACAAAUUCAAAAUCUAUUAAUGAGUCUGAUAAUAUAGAUGGAGCCCCUUUAUCAGAUCCUGAAAAUCUAGAUUAUGAGUAUUUAGAUGGUAUACCUUUAGACGGUGCUACAUUGUUAAAACACGCAUAUGAUGACACACCUACAAGAGAUACAGACAUUGAUGGUACACCAUUAUUAGAUGAUGAUAUUGGAGAUGUGCCAUUAACAGGAGAGUCAGUAGAAAAAAAUAUCAAAGCAGCUGCAUUUGUUCCAUCUAAAUGGGAAACUGUAGACCCUCAUGAAGCUGAAGAACAAGCAAUGACCACUACCAAAUGGGAGAUGUUAGAAAGAGAAAAUAAAAGUUAUAAUAGUGAAUCCGUCAAUCAAGAUUUGCCAGAUGACUUUAAUGAAACAAGAGAAAAUGCUGAUGAUCGAAGAGCUAAAUUAAGAGAAAUAGAAAUAAAAGUUAUGCAAUAUCAAGAUGAAUUAGAAUCUGGCAAACGAGUAUUAAAAGGUGGAUGGAAUAUAUAUCAACAAGUGGAACAUUAUAGACAUAAGCUACUUAAAAAAGUACAAAAGUCUCCCGAAAAGGAAUUGAAAUUGGAGAAGGAAAAAAAAGAUAAACACAAAAUCAAUAAAAGAUUAAGCCCUGAUGAAGACUAUCGUGAUGGUAAGAAAAAGAAACGAUCUAGGAGUCCUUUAAAUAGUUCUGCCUAUAGUAAAUGGUCAUCUCAUAGCACAAGAAGUGAUAAUCUAAGUCCUCUUUCAAGAAAAAGACCAAAUUCACCACAACGUAAUAAUAAAAAAACAAGAAUAUCACCAAUUAAAUCUCCCCGUUCAUUAUCAAGAAGAAGAGACCGUGAACGCGAUGAAAAGCUUAACUAUAGACACAAAAGAUCACAUUCACAAUCACCUCAUCGGCAUCAUGUACAGACACCUCCUACACCAUUGUCACAAACAUCACAAAAGCACAAAUACAAAUACAAAUAUUGAUUAAGAAUACUUAUUGUGUACUGAAUAAUAUUUGUCUUAAGGUUUUUUCUAUAUUUACAGUUCUUUUAAAUAGUUUUACUAAUGAUUCAUCAAUUUAUAGAAUUACUAUUCAAUUUUAAAAAUGAAAUAGAUUUUAAUGAUCAAAUUUAUUUCCUUAUAAAUGUUACAACUUUGACUUUUAAUUGUCAAUUUGUAACCUAAUUUUAUAAUGAUUUUAACUAAAGUAUUUAUAUAUUUGUAAAUAGUGAUGGCUACAUUUUAAUUUUUUCCAACCUUAAAAAUGUUAAAUGUUAAAUUUAAGACUCAGUUUUAUUUUAUUAAAUGUAUUUAGUUUAAAUGAUGUAUUAUAUCUGUGUAUACAUGUUUAAAUCAAUACUAAAAAGGUGGGCAAGUUAAAGUGAGUACCGCUCUGCCGUACAUGAAAAUUGUAUGGGUCACUGUAAUGUAUGUGUUAAAUUAAAUGCAAAUAACAAAGACAGCCUGUCAGUCUAUAUUUAUUGAUAAAAUAUAAUAUUGUCUGAGCAUUAUAUUACUAAAUAUAUAUUUUAUGAUGUAAUAGCUAUUAAAGUAAGUUAAUUUACUAUUGUUAUAGAGCGGUUUUUUUUCAGUUGUUUUAUGUGCCGGUCAAAAAUUUUGCCACUGGAUUAAAGUAAACUACGCAGUAAAUAACCAUAUUAUUAAAGAAGAAAAAGGCGGUGAGCAUGAUUGAUGAAUCACUUUGUAUUAUAUAUCCUGUGUAUACAAGUAUAUGGAUAUAUUUAGAAUAAUAUUGUAACCCAUAUUAUA